AUGCACAUUAAUCUAAUUCUAAAUAUCAAUGCAUACUUCUUCGAGGACCAAUUUUCACUUACCAUUAUUGAUUCAUCCGAAGAUCCGACUAUCAGUGCACUUAAAUGCAUCGGAGGAAAUGACUUUCGACCGUUGAGUAUAUUUGAUGACGUUCUUCAAAUUGAUUUAGGUGAUGAAACUGACACGAGCAGCGUCUCAUCGUAUCCGACGACAAGUGGAAUGUUUGUCAAGUCAGGAUAUGAUGAUGCACUUGGAAUCUUGAGAAUAAUUGGAGGACACAAUCCUAGAUCAAAAGUGUUAUUGUAUGUGACUGAUGGAAAUGAAACUGAUUCCAUGGACUUGCUGAAAACUGCAUAUGAGGAUUUGAAAAUGUUAAAUCUAGCAGUUUUAAUGAUUAACUUAGAAAAGGAUGAGGAUGAUGUAACGAUUCGAGGACUUGUAAGAAUAAUAUUUUUCAAUCCAUUUAGUGGUGAUAAGGAAAUAAGAGAACCUGAAUAUUUAAGGCUAACACUCACUCCUUUUAAUCUGGAUGGGAAAUUUAAAGUAAUAACGAAAUUCAUCCACGAGCGAGUCUCAAAUUUACAUCAAUUUCCAUUGCGUGUUAAUAUUUUUGAUUUUCCAAUGAUAUCCAAACGUGAAGCAGACGAAAGUGAUGAAACUAUGUAUUAUUCAUAUUCGGAUGGAGAGACAAUUAGAAUAAUUGGGGAAAAAUUGAAUUUCAAUAUAAUUUAUGAGGAUUCAUCGGAUGGCAUACAGUAUGGAUUUCAAAAUGAUGAAGGUAAUUUUACAGGAAGCUUAGGAGCACUUGAAUAUGAUCAAGUAGAUUUACUUGGAAAUCCACGAUUGAUAGCUGAUUAUAAUACAACAAAGUCGUUAUUUUUACAACCAAUUACGAUGAUGAGGCUCUCAUUUAUCAUCAAGAAACGUCCAACUUACAAACUUCUUAGUGUCUUUAUUUAUAGUGGAUAUGACAAAAUUUCAAUGAUCUUAGGUAUUAGUGUCUCUGUAUCCUUACCAUUCGUCUAUGUUUUCAUAAAUAAAAAUGAGGUGAAAAUCAUCAACAGGAAUGUUUCAAAGAAAAAGAGAUUGACAUCAUCAUCCUUCAUAAAGUCUAGCUUAUAUAUCAUAGCUUUAGUUCAUGGAAUUUCUAUGAGCCACUCAAAAGGAAAUGCAUCUCGGAUAGUUGUUGGAAUAACUCUACUUUAUACACUUAUAGUGUCUUCAUUAUAUCAGUCAGCUCAAACUAAAAACCUCAACACCAAUAAGGUUUACGGUAAAAUUACGACUAUCGAUGGUUUGAUCACUGAAAAUUUUGAAAUAGGAAUGCCGCCGGAUAUAACAACAAUUUUUCGCAAUAAAAAUAGCAAAAAUAAAGUAACCACAUUGAUUGAAAAUUCCGGAUUGUCGUUCGAGGAUAUAAAAUUAUCUCAUGAAUAUUUUGCCGAGCAGCUAAUGAAUAAUGCAAAAUUUGCAUAUCUGUGGUCGGAUUUGUAUGUCGAUAAUUAUUUAAAUCAAUUCUAUGAUCCAAACACGGGCGAGAAUCUAUUGGAAAACAUUCCUGAAAUUGCGUACGAGUUUUACAUUUCUCUAAUGGCACCGAAAAAUUCACCAUUUAUUGAAAAAUUUAAUGAAAUUCUUUUACAAUAUGUAGAGACAGGCAUCGUUGAUUAUCAUUCAAAUCGUGCAUUGGCUGAUAAUGAUAUGAUUUGGAUACAGCGAGUGCUUAAAGGAGAAAUACCAGAAAAUGCAGCUCAGGCUAUAAAAAUGAGUGAAUUGAUGCCUUUAUUUGAAAUUUAUAUUUAUUUAGUGAUAGCUAGUUCAAUAGUGUUUGUGCUUGAAAUCCUUUGGCAACCAAGAAAAUUUUUGAAAAUAUUAAGAAAGCGACCAAAUAGUGUCAAGUAUUUUGAGUUUGUAAACUAG